AUGCCUCCCGUACACGCACAGAUCCACAAGAUGAGUUUCCACAAAGAAAGCGUGCGCGCGAUGCAGUUUAGUUCUGAUGGUAAGCAUAUCUUCACCGCUAGCGCGGACAAGAGCAUGCGUCUUCUAGAUAUGGAAACAGGAACGAGCAUGCGAGAGAUUACGAGUGCGCAUACAGAUGCUAUUAAUGUGUUGUGUAUGGUGGAGGAUAAUUUACUGGUUAGUGGAGACGACGGCGGAGUGAUUAAGAUUUGGGAUGUCAGGCAAGCAGGAGUGGCUCUAACAUAUGACGAAUGCGAGGAUUUCAUAUCCGACAUCACAUACCAUCAGCCAACGAAUUCCGUGCUCACCACCUCCGGAGACGGCACGCUAUCAAUAUUCAAUGUCAAGAACCCGCGGAAACCGUUCUUUGUACAGAGGUCGGAUUACAUGGACGAGGAACUUCUGUCUGUCUGUGUAAUGAAGAAUGGCAAGAAGGUGGUGUGUGGCACACAAGAGGGCAUUAUAAGCAUCUUCUCCUGGGGCCAAUGGGGCGAUUGCAGCGACAGGUUUCCCGGUCACCCACUGUCAAUUGACACUAUCCUGCCUCUAACCGAGGGUAUAUGCUUAACCGGGUCAUCAGAUGGAUUAAUAAGGUAA